AUGAGCGCAGCUAGACCCGCCAAUGAAGGCCAACUGGCCCAGGACCUACCUGGUAUUACAACGUAUAUCACCGGUCAUGAUGCGGGCUCAGGAGAGACGAUUGUGCAACAUGCUCGUCCAGGGAAAUGGCAAUCCAUCGACAACAACGGAAUGGCGUUCAACGUGGCCUUUACGACAUCCAACUUCCCAGUAUCAAUGAACGAGGACAUCGAUAUCGCGACUCACGAUACGCGGCUGGCCUCAUCCAAACUCGGAAUCGUCAAUCCCGGAGGCACCGUCCUCCGCUUCGUCGACUUUGCCCCGGGUUUCGAGUCCAUGAUGCAUCGCACGCAGAGCCUCGAUUACGGGGUCGUCAUUGCGGGGAGCAUCGAACUAAUCUUGGACUCGGGGAGGCGACAGGUUCUCCAUCCGGGGGAUUGUUGUAUUCAGAGAGGGACGAAUCAUGCUUGGAGGAAUCCGAGCCCGGACGCGUGGGCGAGAGUUGUGUAUGUUCUUCAAGACUCGCAGCCGAUCAAGACGGCCGAUGGAUCGGUGUUGAUGGAGUUCUUGGGGAGAAGUGCCGGGGAGAUUCCCAGUAGUGGUAAUGCUUGA